AUGUCGGCUGCAAUCAGUAAGACCUUGAAGAGGACUGCAACCUCUGAAAUAUGCACUGUGGCAGGUGGCUGUUUCUGGGGGGUCGAACAUAUGUACAGAAAACACUUUGAUGGCAGGAUAAUCGAUGCUAAAGUUGGGUUUGCAAAUGGUAAAACCAUUCAGCCCAGUUAUGAGCAGGUGUGUGCUGGUAGUACGGGUCAUUCUGAGGCUAUACAAAUCUCAUAUGAACCAAAUAAAGUCUCAUACAGAGAACUUAUUCAGUUCUUCUUUUUGAUGCAUGAUCCAACUACGGUCAACGCACAAGGCCCAGACCUUGGAUUCCAGUACAGAUCGGCGAUCUUUGCAGCAAAUGAUGCUCAGAAAAAGAUUGCAGAAGAGGUGGAAAAUGAAACACAGAAGAAAUGGUAUCCACACGAUAAGAUCGUGACCACAAUUGAGCCAAUCAAGUGCUUCUACGAUGCGGAGGAAUAUCAUCAAAAGUAUUUAUUCAAGAAUCCAACCGGCUACCAGUGCCCAACACAUAUUUUGAGGACGACACCUAAGUGA